UAACGAGACACGUCUCAUAGAUAAUGAAACCCAACUCACCUACCGGUACUGGAACACACCCCACUCACCUCUUCUUCCCACCCAACCGACGGCGUCCGCGAUGGCCAUCAUCAACUCGCAAAGAGCAAAGGAUCCGAGUUGCUGUGUGCCCGAUCUCUUUCCUUUCUUCUUCCCUCUAUCUUAGUACAAAGUCAAACCGGAUCGAGACGCCAAUGAAAUGGCUGACUCCAGUGAAGCCACAAAUGAUACCAAUGAUACCCACGAAACCAAUACCUCCAAUCAUCACGUUCUGAAUGCUCUAGACAAAGAAAAACCUGGAGCAACGGUCACGGAUCGAUACUUUUCCCACCAUGCCCUGUUCAGUGGUAUCCCCCAUCGCAAAGAGGAGACCCAAAAACCCAGAAGGAGUCUUGAAAAAUCAGUGGGAUCCACGCAUGCCCUUCGAAGCAAGGUCCAAGGGGAAUCUGAAGCAGAAAGACUGACCAAGGCUAUUGAAACCAGGAGGGCAGAACGGAUUCCGGUGAUGCAUGAUGUCCAGAUUACUCUCAUUGAAGAUUGCCGAGAAAUCGCCCAAGAGAAGGGGUAUCCUUCAUUGUCACACAUUCUCAUUUCUGACCUACUAGAGUACAGGGAACAAGUCAGGGAGGAUCAUAACAAACAAAAGAACAGGUGGGUUUUCAGCAUCUUGCGGUCCUGCCGAUUCCGAGACCAGACAGAACAACUAUUGAAAGUGCUGGACAGGGCUGUGGAACUGGUGGAGAUCACCCAAGCCAAAACCAACAUCAGGGAAUUUCACUACAUGGACUUCAUUGCAUACUACACGAUGGCAGAAUCUAGGUGGCCUUGGAUGCGGCAUGGGUCGAGUGUGGCUCUCAUUUAUGUCAUACUGUUCUACCUCUUUACUCCCAUUUUCUUCUGUUACAUUGUCAAAGACCAAUACAUUUGCCCUCCUGAUCAUGGGCACCACUUUGCUAAAUGGGUUGGGGCCUUUUAUUUUGCUUCCGCCAGUCUCUCCACCGUUGGAUAUGGUGACUUGACGGUGGACCUUGAUCAGCCAGCCCAUGUCUUUGCCGGGAUUGUUUACAUGAUCAUUGCCAAUGUGACAUUGAUUGGAUCUUUCUCCUUGGUGGCCGACCAUGCUUGGAACCCAAUGCAUAAGAUGCACGAAGAUCUAGUCGAAAAGAUUAUGGGAAACCCGAAAUCGGAUGAACCAAUGCACAAGCGGUUGCGGCGGCUGAAAUUCCUGCGCCUCACCGAAAUAAUUGGGGGAUUUGUGCUAUUGAACUUGGUGGGGGUAUUUGCCAACCGUAUCUUCCUCUUGUAUGAUCCGCCACACCCGCCACUGACAACGGAUUGGACUUGGUUGACCAGCGUUUACUGGGCUGUGCAGACCACCACAACAAUUGGUUACGGAGACCUAGACAUGCCUACGAAUGGGUACUGGUUCCAAGUUGUCUACUUGAUCUUCUCUACGUACUUUGUGGGGGUAGCCUUGAACGCUUUUGUUGGGCUUAGAGAUGAAAUGGAGAAGAUCAGAUUAGAGUACAAUUGGGCACGAAGAGAGAUCAGCAAGAAUCUCAUUGAUGAAGUCCAGCCGGAAGAUCACGACGGGAAAGUGGAUCAAUAUGAAUUCCUGAUUGCAUCCUUGGUUUCCCUUCGCAAAAUCUCCUCGGAAGACGUGGUGCCGAUAAUGGACAAGUUUCGGUCUUUAGCAGGAGACGGGGGAUUCAUCACGGCCAAUGAGGUCAAGGAUGCAACUGACGAAGAGAUUCAAGGAGUCAUUGACGAGGCAUCACCUCGUAUACCCCUUCUGAACAGGAGACUUUCGUCUAUAUUGUCAACUCCAGAACGACGGUCCGGUGGGCAUCAUCAUCACCUUCGAAUUUCAGCUGGAUAUCGGAGCUCGAGUAGCAAAAGAACAGGUACUACGAACUCCAUUCCUGUUACUAGUGUUGGUGGCUAUGGAAGAUCAUCGACCAUGACGAGUGUCGGUCAACUGCAUGAAGAAGACGGGGUCGUGAAACGAUUGUUUCCCGAUGGACGUGACGCAUCACCCGUCCCGACUCCGCAAAAGCAAUUCGCACAUUUCCGGCAGGGCAGCCUCCUACCUUCGUUUGACGAAGAAGAGGGCAACGAGUCGGUUGACAUGGAACUUCCGAGUUUUCCUUCAUCGCAGAGAGUUGCAGCUGGCGAUUUCGAUGGUGCGGAGCCUAGUCGUGAUUCGGACCACCACCUUCCUCCAACUGGUCAUGAUGGUCUCAGAGUGGCCAGCAUUGCGACCGGAGACGCGACAGAUGUCAAGAACCUGUCUAUCCACAGACGAGGGGAGCUUUGAGCUUUCUCGGGCUGUUUUUCCUCUAUGGUUGCAAGGCUAGCGGGAGCUAAGCAAACAGUUUUGAUGUACAUGCUCGUAGCAAUCUAGCUCGUAGAUUGGGGACAAGGGGGUGAAUGUUAUCGCAUCAUACGGUGGUGAAAGAAUUAUAGAUAUCUUGCGUACGCAACAGAGCCACGAAGAGCCAGGAAUGUUGUGGGGACAAUGCGCACAAAGGCUGUGGCUCGAUCGUGAGGUUCCCGCUGGAUCAAGGGCUCGAGUCUACGUGCCGCGGUAUCAACUGG